AUGGAUGAAGAUAUGGAAAUGUUCAAUGUUUUUGCGGAAGGUAGUAGUUCAUCCAGUAGUACGAGUAGGAAGGAAGUGUCGAAUAGGUCCGUCCAGAAGACAGAGACGAGUAAGAAAAAGCAAAAGGAAGCUCGUGAACGAGCCAACCAAUUGCUGGGACAAUUAGCGGCAGGCAAUGCUGCAAAUAAAGAUAUUAAAGUGGUAACAAGUGAUGACGAUGGUUAUGGCGAUGAUAAUGCAGAUGACAACGACACAGGAUUAUUACCGAAAAGGUCGAAAAAUGAGACUAUGGAGGAGCUUCCUGGUUUAGCUUCCCAUCCACGAAACAAUAUCAAAACUGUCGAAAGUGAAGGAAAUUGUUCACACGAAAUCGUCUUGCCACCAAAUAUGGAAUAUGUACCAUUGAAGCCACGUACAACAGCUCCGGCCAAGAUGUAUGAAUUCCAGUUAGAUGCCUUUCAAAGAGAAGCAAUCACCUGUAUUGAUAAUAGUCAUUCCGUUCUUGUAUCAGCCCAUACUUCUGCUGGAAAAACUGUUGUUGCAUUAUAUGCGAUAGCGAUGUCUUUACGUGAUAAGCAGCGCGUUAUAUAUACUUCGCCUAUCAAAGCCUUAUCUAAUCAAAAAUAUCGAGAAUUGGAAGAGGAAUUUGGUGAUGUAGGUUUGAUGACUGGUGACAAUACGUUGAAUCCGGAUGCUUCUUGCAUUGUCAUGACGACAGAAAUUCUGCGAUCAAUGUUAUACCGUGGUUCGGAGAUUAUGAGGGAAGUUGGCUGGGUAAUUUUCGAUGAAAUUCACUAUAUGCGCGAUAAAGAGCGUGGCGUUGUGUGGGAAGAAACAAUUAUUUUACUACCUGACACUGUACAUUAUGUUUUUCUUUCUGCUACAAUUCCAAAUGCAAGGCAGUUUGCAGAUUGGGUAGUUUAUCUUCACGAUCAACCGGUUCAUGUUAUAUAUACCGAUUAUCGUCCAGUGCCUUUGCAGCAUUUCAUAUACCCAGCUGGUGGUUCAGGCCUAUAUGAAGUUGUAAAUAUGCAGGGAAUUUUUCGAGAGGAUAAAUUUACUGAAGCAAUGAAUGUGCUGUCACAAGUGGGAGAUGCAGGACAGGGUGGAAUCAACAGAGGGAAGAAAGGUGGAACAUCAGGUACACCUCAUGUGGUGAAUAUAAUCCGUACGCUUAAGGAACGAGACAUGAUUCCAGUCAUCAUUUUCUCAUUCAGUCGAAAAGAGUGUGAAGCAUAUGCAACACAAAUGACGAGUUUGGACUUCAAUACAGAAGAUGAAAAAGCAAAGGUAAAAGAAAUAUUUGUUAAUGCAAUCAGUUUGUUAUCCGAUGAAGACAGCAAAUUGCCUGAAAUUGGACGAGUGCUACCAUUGUUGUUGCGUGGUAUUGGUGUGCAUCAUUCGGGUUUAUUGCCAAUUGUUAAGGAAGUGAUCGAAAUUUUAUUCGGAGAGGGUUUAAUCAAAACUUUGUUUGCCACCGAAACUUUUGCUAUGGGUCUAAAUAUGCCUGCUCGGACAGUGCUGUUCACAUCGGCAAGAAAAUUCGAUGGAAAAGAUUAUCGUUGGAUUACAUCAGGUGAAUAUAUUCAAAUGAGUGGGCGAGCUGGACGUCGUGGUAAGGACGACCGUGGUCUUGUAAUAUUAAUGGUUGAUCAGCAAAUGGGACAGGAUGUGGCAAAACAAAUUAUUAAAGGUGCGCCAGAUCCACUUAACUCGCAGUUUCGCCUGACUUACAAUAUGGUUUUGAACCUCCUUCGAGUUGAAGGGAUAAAUCCUGAAUUUAUGCUAGAGAAUUCAUUUUAUCAGUUCCAGAAUUAUGAUGCCUUGCCGCAGCUCUAUGGAAACGUAGAAAGGAAGAAAGAAGAACUUUCUGCUUAUAAAAUUGACAAAGAAACGGAAAUAUCAGGUUAUUAUCAAAUGGAAAAACAGAUUAAUGUAUUGAAAGAAGCUGUAAAAGAAGUGGUCACGAAACCAAAAUAUCUUGUACCCUUUCUGCAAGCUGGACGUUUGCUUCAUAUUGUUUCAAACGGCAAAGAUUUUGGGUGGGCAGCUCUGUUGGACUUCCACAAAAAAGCGAAUCCGGUUGAUCCUCUUGGCUUGGACGUGAUGUAUGUACUAGAUGUAUUGAUAUUGCUGUCUACAGAAAGUGCGAAAAAUUUAUCAGAUAUUACACAGUUGCGGCCGCCUAAUGCAAAUGAGAAAGGGGUGGUAGAGGUUGUAUCUGUUGCUAUCAGUUGCGUAUCUGAAAUAAGUGCAGCACGCGUAAAAUUGCCACAGAAUCUGAAAGCAUACGAGGGGAAACAAAGUGCUGGUCGCGUUAUAAAAGAAGUUUUGAAAAGGUUCAACGGAAUAAUGCCUUUGCUUGACCCGUUAAACGACAUGAAAAUAAAUGAUUCAGUGCUACAAGAAAAUAUUAUUAAAUUGCAAGCGCUGGAAAAACGAAAGGAUAGUCAUCCUUUAAAGGAAAACAGUAAAUUUGACGAAAUCUACAAGCAGUAUGAAAAGAAACUAGAAUUGGAAGCGGAACUGAAGGUGGCAAAAACUGAGCUAAAGAAAGCGCAAAGUUUAUUGCAGCUAGAUGAGCUGAAAUGUCGCAAGCGUGUGCUUCGAAGGUUGCAAUAUUGUGACGAGAAUGAUGUGAUUACACAAAAGGGGCGUGUAUCGUGUGAAGUAAGUGCUGCAGAUGAGUUGAUGUUAACGGAGAUGAUGUUUGGUGGCAUAUUUACCGAACUCGCUACUCCACAAUUAGCAGCUUUACUCUCAUGUUUUGUAUUUGAAGAGAAAGCAGGAGGAACAAAAUUAGCAGAUGAUCUUAGUGGAUGUUUAAGAGCAAUGCAAGAAUACGCCAGACGUAUUGCAAGAGUGACAAAGGAAUCAAAACUUGAGAUUGAUGAAGACAAAUAUGUUGAAUCGUUUAAGCCGCAUUUAAUGGACGUAGUCCAUGCAUGGUGCACUGGUGCUUCUUUCGCUGAAAUUUUAAAAAAAACAGAUGUUUUUGAAGGUUCAAUAAUUCGUUGCAUGCGACGUUUGGAAGAAUUGCUGCGUGAGAUGGUGGGUGCUUCAAAAGCAAUUGGAAAUGGAGAUCUGGAAGCACGUUUUGAACAAGCACGAGUACUUUUGAAACGUGAUAUCGUUUUCACGGCAUCGUUAUAUUUAUAG